AGUUAAACCAACAUGUGAAAGAAUUUGGACUUCAAUCAAAUGAACCUGUAGGUCUGAGACCAGAAUUGAAACUAGAAGACUCAGGAGAGACACAAUAUUUACUGCCUCAGACCUCAGGAAUUUCUGGCUUGUCCUCUCGAGCCCCAGAAUUAAAGCGAGCCAGAGGUCGUCCCAGGAAGGAGGGAGUGAAUAAAAAUUUAAGGAAGCCUAGGUAAUAUUUGUUUUUAUGGCUUUCGAAGAACAUAUGUUUUUGAGUUCAGCAAAAUUCUGCUUUAUUUAAAAUAUACUUUUUAAAUUUUUUCCAUUAAACAAAAAAAGUACCUUCGUUUGGUUGUUGUGUAUAUAUUUUGUUUGGUAAUCAAAAUGUCUCAUUUUGGGAAUGUAUUCAGAGCUGAUAUUUGUUACACAUCUUAUCUUUUUUUAAAAAGUUUGGUGUAUCCUUAGUUUAUGGGAGCUUUCCAAGCCAUAAUUUCCAUUAAACUGCCAUGAAAUUAACAGUAGUGCUACCAUAAAUAGAAAAUAAUUCCUUACUCUUCACCUUAAUUUUCUUUUUAUUUGCUGCUUAAAAUUUUUUGUUGUUGUUGCUAUUUUCUUGUUUAUGAUGCAAUCAUAUGCAAAGCAAAUAAUUUAUGAGGUAAAUGAUGUUGUAACCAAUAAAUGUAGAAAAUUUUUGUCAAAUUAUUUUCCCAUCACGUAAACAAAAUCUUGAUACAUUAAUUUGGACACUUGAAUUCCCUUUUAGAAACAAGUGUGGAUUUAAUUUAAUCAAAAUUUAAUGUAAAUAAAAAAAAUUACUUCUACAGUACAAGAGGUGUCUUAGGAAGAUCUCUCGGUCGUUCCAGUAGUGGCAGAGGGAUAGGCAGAGGUUUAGGAAGGGGAAAUAGAGGUAACAGGCAAGGGCGCACACAACGCUCUAACACUACAUCGUCACCAUCUGUUAGUUCUGGUAGCCUAUCACCCAGACUUGUUUCACCAACCGACUUCAUACCAGUGCAGUUACCACGUACUUUAAGAAAGGAUAUUUUACCUCCGUCUGGAAUGGCAGAAUUUUUGAAACAAUCAGCUUUAGCGGCAUCAACAGCUGAUGGAACAAAUAGCAGUGGUAAUUAUUCUUUGUUCUGUCUCUAUUGUAUUUUGUUCUAAAUUUUAAGACAACUUGUAGCAUGUUAAAGGAUCUCUGUUAAAAUUAAGAUAUAGUCCUUGAUGAUGAAGUUUAACAUUCCGUGUACAUUUUACUUUAAUAAAUAUUUAUAAAGGUAACAAUUUUAAUAAUGAAUGACAAGCCUGUUACAAAACUGCAUAACUAUUUAAAACUACAUCUAAAAAUGAGGCUAAUGCAAGCUUAUUUGGAGAACAAAUGGUCUUAAACCCCCCCUCCUUUUCCUGCAGGGGAAAAUUACAUAUUAAUAAAGAAAAUAUAUUUAAAAUAAUUUCAUUUCACAACCUUUAAGGAUUGGAAGAUUUUUUUUUUAAAAGGAAUCUUUGCAUUCAGACUUACAGAUUAAGUGAUUUAUAAAUAAAAAUAAACAUUCUGUUGCAUUGACUAUUUAAAAAAAAUCAAAUUACCUUUGACAAUGAUUGAUGUCAUUUAAUAUUCUGAAAUGCAUUUUUUCUUUUGUUUGUGUCAGCUUUUUAUCAUUUUCUUUUUCUAAUAAUCCAUUCAGAGUAUUUCUUUAUGUACUGAUUCUUAAAUAACUAUCUGCUGUUUUAGCUGAGGGCUUGUCCCCUGGCACAUCCGGUAAUAGUUCAACAAAUCCAGAUACAGGGAUGGCUCAAGAUUCACAAAAGUUAGUAUUUUUUUUUUUAUAUUGGCAAAAUACCCCAUCAGAGCAUUUUUGUUCUUUUCCUGCUAGGGAAAUAGAUCUGAAUUGAACAGUGUUAUCCCUAUAUUUAAAUCUCAAAUAUUUUAUUAAAAUGCAUCAUAUUUUGUUUGAUUUCUUCUUAAACUUAUUAUGGUAAUAUAUUAAUAGAAUACUUGACCCCCACAUUUUUUACCCCGUUCGAUUCAUAGUUUAUGCAACUUUUUUUUUUUAAUAAAUCAUUAAAAAUUCUCAUUAGAAUUUUUUUUUUACCGUCUACUGCCAUUGGCUCCAACAUUCAGUCUAGUGCUGGUCCAGUGUCUACUAAGCCGGGCGUUGAGACGUCAGGCUGAUUGUCACUAUGCUGCUUGUUCAGAGGCCUAGCAACUAAAUACCAUAUAUUCUUAUGCUAAAAUUUACUGCUGUUCUCAUGAGAAUGACAUAUUAUUUUAACAAAUUAAAUCCUUAUGGGUCUGUCUUCUUUUUGUUAGAAAGUUACGAUAGUUCAAAGGUCAGCAAGAUUUUCCAAACUCAUAAUAUGUGUGACAACAUGCUAAGUUAAUUCGUAUAGAAAGUUAAGGCCUAUACUAUACAUAUAUAAACUUCAAUAAACUACUUUAUGAAGUGACCUUUUUUAGACAUGCGAAGGGAAUAGUUAUUGCAUACAUUAUACAGUAUAUUUAUUUAAGCACUAUUACAGUAUGGUAUUGUACAAUUGUGAGAUAGUCAAGUGCUAUUCUGGAAUGAGAUUUUUUUCAUGUUUCGUUCGGGGUAUUUUAGUCUUUAAAUUGUUAUUAGAGCGUAUAUAAAAAUACUGUAACACUUUAAAAGCUAAGAUGGGUAAACAAAAUAUAAAUACAAAUUAAAAAACUGUGAAUCAGUCAUUGUUUUGUUUAUUCUUGAUGCAAAAUCUUUUAUUAGCUAUCAUAUUAGUGUGAUUUAGUAAGAUUUUUUCAAUAUAUCAAAUAAGUAAUGACAUAAUUAAUUUAAAUAAAAUUCUCAUUUAAAAGUUAAAUUUCCGUUUAAAUUCUUACAGAGUAAUUUGUUGAUGUAUCAAAUAAUGGGGAAAAACUUCUAUCCUAGUUAAAAUAGAGCUGCUUUUCGAUUUUAAUAAAAAAAACACUUUUAAUUUUGAAUUAUCCAACAUCUAAGAUGUGCAAUGGUAUCCAUUGUUUUACAACAUCUUUUUCCCUCUUCAAAAUGCAUGUACUUAUUAUAAUAAUAAUGUUGAUUUUAAAUCUGUCUUCUCCAGCUCUGGCCACCUGUGUGCUCUAUGCAACUGUGGAGAAAGAAGUUUGUUGGGUCAGGGGGACAUGUGGAAAUUUGAGCCUACUCCAGGAUUUGAUGUUUUCAAAUUGCCUGAACCAAAAUCUCUAAGGGAGUCUGAGGAAGUGGACACUGGGGGUAAAAGUAAAGGUCCACAACCAACAACAUGGAGGAGAUCAAGGGGUCCAUUGAAAUCUGGGAGGUUAGUUUUUAAAAAUAACAAAUCUGUCUUUGAAUAAAUAAUUGGAAUUGGUAUUUUUCAUUUUGAAUUCAUUUAUAUUAUCUUAUUCAAGCAGAUUUAUUUGUCAUGGAUUUUUAUAGAAUAGAAAAACUUAUUUUACAGAGAGUACCAAUCAAUAUUUAUAAUUUUUGGACCAUUUUCACUUUUGUUUAAAAGUAAAAGAGUGUUGGACUAUCUAUGUGAUUGGUUUUGUAGAUAAAGGUUUAAACAUUGUUAAUUUAAAAAUAUUUUGAUUGAAUUCAGUCUUGUGUAGUUAAGUAUGAUAUGUUCUUAUCAAAGUUGCUGCACUUACAUAUGCUUAGAUGUUUUAUCUAUCAUGAUUAUUAGAGUUAAAAAAAAGCCCUUUUUUAUUAAUAGGGAAAGAAGCCGCUCUCCCCGACAGUGCCCAGGGGAAGAAGAUUCUGUUGGUUGCCAUAUAAAUGAUGAAUUAGCACUCGUUGGUUUUCAUGAUGAUACAGAGAUAUCACAGCUUUUUGAACCUACUGGUGAGACAAUUUUGUCUAAUAAAUAUCUUUGAAUAGUUAAAAUCUGAAUUUACACAAAUAUAUCCCCUGUCCCUGAUUUUGAAUACUCGUAAAAAAUAUAUAUAUUUGAAUAAAAGUCUAUAUGAAAUCCAUUGUUACCAAAAUUAUUGUAUAUAUAGGUCAUGUUUGGGUCCACCGCUGUUGUGCAAUGUGGUCAGAAGGAGUGGAGUUUACUGAUACACAUCAGCUGAAAGAUGUUGACAAGGCUGUCCACAAUGCCCUUUCACAUGUAGGAUAUUUAAAAAUUAAUUUUUUAGACACAAUCACUUGUUCAGUAUGUUAAUUUUAAUUUUAUUAAAGCAAAUUAAUUUUGCAUUUGAGUCUCAAGAGUUACUUUGUCAUCGAUACUUAUUUGCAUUGAAAAGAAUUUCAUGCUUAAUUUAGCAUUAACUUGUGCUGUCAUUACAAAGGGAGGGCUUGUAUUAGGUACACUGUGAGUUUGCACAUUAAAAAAGUAAACUACUGUACUGUUCGAGUACAGAUUUCAUUUUUUUGUUAUCUUUCUCUAAAUGGCAUCUUGUAACACAGCAAUCCUAUAGAAUGGUAUGAUCUGACCCUGAAACAUUCUUUUUUUCAGAGAUGUUCUCACUGCAGAAGAUUUGGGGCUUCCAUAGUGUGCUGUAUACCAGACUGUGGAAAACGUUUUCACUUUCCUUGUGCGUCUGCAGGUGGAUGUUUUCAAGUGAGUACUUGGCUUCUCCCUUUCUAGAACUUAAUGAUAUGGAUUGAAAAGAAGUUGCCGUAAAAUCUUUGAAGGUCUUUACUUAACCCUCCAAUUGUGGCAUGCAUCAUUCUGUGGUGUGGAGCUUUUCAGAGCUUUUUGAGUGCCUUUUGAAAUUGCAUUAAAUGACAUAGAAAUAUUGAUACAAUACCCCUAUAAGUAUAUAUAUUUUUAGAAAGGUAGAUGGAUGGGGAUAAAGUUGACUAUAAUGCCCAUCCUGUGAAAAAAAUUUUGGGCAGUGUCCUUGACCUUGGAGUUCUCAAGAAUAAAAAAAUCGACAAAAUGUCUUGCUUUCAAGUGCCCAUAACAUCAUUAAUUUUUAUAGAUACACUUAUAACACAAAUCUAAAUGUUUUAGCCAAUUCAUUUAUCUAUCAGAAAAUGUAUAGUUUGCCAAGGUUUUGAUUGCAAAUACACAUCUGAAAGCAAUUUUAUUAAUUUUAGGUCAUUUAUAUAAAAACUGUGACACUGCUAAAACCAAGUACAAAAUACUCAGUCAAAAUAGUUAUUAUUGAUUAGUAAACAUUUAAAAAGGAACUGUGGAACUGCUUUGGGUUGUUUAACUAUAUAAUUUAUUAGUUCUGAUCUAUAAUCUGUAGCUUCUGUGACUAAAAUUCAGUCAGUCCUUGCCCAACCUCCAGGCUUGGCUCGAAGUCAAACAGUAGCCUCAGUAGGCUUACUUCAGUAUCACUAAGACUAGUAGCAGAUUCACGAAAAGAAGAAUCUGAAGUGAGAUAUCGUGGGGAAUGUUAAAAUCAUCAUCAGUAUCACUUAAAUCCUCUCCUAAAAAGCUUUCAAAAAUAUUUAUAUUAUUUCUUGCACUGAAGGCCCAGCCAUAGCUUCCGCCAUUUUUGCUUUAAAAAAACAGCGAUAUAAAAUUCCGAUUAAAAAGCACUUAUUGUUAAGUUAUCAAGACACAGCUUGACCCGGAAAUUGAUUUAAUUAUUAAUAAAAGGAAAUGGCUACGAUUUCUGUUAAAUAUUGGAUUGGAGGUUGCUAUCAGACCGUGUUUUUAUCGGCCGAUUUUUUUCGGCCGCCAGAGCACAGAACAAGAAUAUUGGCUGAUUUCGUCGGCCGACCACAGUUCAAGGGUUAAUUACCAGUUACCUAAAUAGUGCUUAUGUUCUAACUUUAAAAAAAAAUCUCAGCAAGUUGGCUGCUAUCCUCCAACUUUGGGUUUUGGGAAAACUAGCAUUUGUGACAAUGAUCUGACAUAUAGUGAUCAAUUUUCUUUAUUUUAAAAUGAAUUAAUGUAUACUGUUUCCUUAAGUGCACCAGAUUUAAUGCACAUUUUAUUUACAGGAGGCCAAAACUGUUUCACUGUUAUGUUCUGACCACAUAGAUCAAGCUGAAGCAAGAUGUAAGUGUUUCACAAGUAACUUACAAUUUAUUUACUUGGUCUGCAUUGUGACUGUAUUAUUUGUAUUAAAUUAAUGUUUUUAUCAUUAAAAAUAUAUAUUUUAUCAUUGGUUUUUAAAAAAAAAAAAAAGAAAAGACUAUGCAAAAAAUGUUUUACAGAUCUUACCUUUUAAUGCAAGAAAUUUAUAUCAGUAUUCUGAAAAGAGAUAGAAAUGAAAGAGUUUGAUACAAAAAUACCCAUGUUAAUAGAUAUAUAUCAAUUAGUAGCGAUUGUUGUAUUUACUCCUUGAGACAUCUUAAUUCAGCCAUUGGUUUAAUAAAUUUUUUUUAUUAGAACUCCUUGCUGCUGAUGUAUAACUGGUAAAUUUGUCAUGAAGUUUAUAGAAAUAAACAUACUGAAAAUUUGUAAUCAUGCAGCUGGAGAUGCUGCAGCCUGCAUCCAGUGUGCUGAAGUUGGAAGUAUAAAAGACCAGCUUUUCUGUACAAGCUGUGGUCAUCAUUACCAUGGGAAUUGUUUGUGCCCACCUGUUGACAUGAAGCCUAUUGUCCGAGCUGGUUGGCAGUGCCCUAAUUGUAAAAUAUGUCAAACAUGCCGGUAGGUCAUUUCUAGCAAGGUUAAAAACUGAAUCUGAUCGCUUUAUAAAAUUUAUUUUGAAAAUAUUUAAUAUUUUUAAUUUAAAAUCUUAAAUAAAAAAAAAUUGAAACCAGUGCAAUAAAGAAAUAAGAUAAAACAUUAACUGGUUAACUACCAUGAGCCGGUGGGACGAGCUCGGCGUUCCUUCUGUUACGGCCAUGAGCCGCUGGUAAUGCCAAUGUUUGUAUCGUAUUAAAUGUGACCUAGAUUUAAUUCGGCCACAGCUGGUUUUUCUAUCUGGUAGUUAAUCAGUUAAGUUACAGCAACGCUUUUGCAAUGCAUUCAAAAAUAAUUUUAAAAAUUUAACAUAAUAUGUUCCAGCACUGCUAGUGAUGACAGUAAGAUGCUUGUAUGUGAUAAAUGUGAUAAGGGCUACCACACUUUCUGCCUCAAGCCCGCUAUGACUACAAUACCUAAAAAUGGGUGGAAAUGCAAGGUGAAGAAGUUAAUAGUAUUUAGUUUAUUUCUUUUUAAAAUAGUUUUCAGUUGACUGUACUUGAAACUAUUGGAUGUUAUGUAAAUUGAAUUUUUUUCUGAUUGACAUAUUUUGAAACGUCUUAAGUUGUAUUUUUGUCCAUAUGUAUUCAAGCUGAAUUUCUAUAAAAAUCUUUUUUUUUUUAAAGGAGACUUUGAGUUAUGAAGUUUAUUUAUUUUCUUUUUUACUAUUAGAACUGUAGAAUUUGCACUGAUUGUGGCUCACGGACCCCUGGCAGUGGUCCUUCUUCUCGUUGGCAUCUUAACUAUUCAGUCUGUGACUCUUGUUAUCAGCAGCGAAAUAAAGGCUUGUGCUGCCCCCUAUGUGGGAAAGCCUAUCGUCACUUCCACAAUAAAACUAUGCUUCCUUGCAUGCAAUGUAAAAAGUGAGUAUUCUUUUAUUAUUAAUAUAUCAGUUUUGGGCGCCAUCAUAUUAUUUUUUAAAAAUUCAGUUUUUACAAGAUUAAAUGUGAUAAUAUCAGAAAAUUACACAUUUUUAAAAAUUAUUUCUGUAUAUAAAUGGGUCAUCAAGUAACAGCUGGUGUUUGUUUAAAAAAAAAAAGGUUUGUGUAAACAUUAUUUCUAUUUUAUAAUGAAAUAACAUAUAAAUCUUUCACUUGCGAUAAUUUUGUUUCCCUCAGGUUUGUGCAUAUUGAAUGUGAUCCUACAAUAAAUGCAAGCUCAGUUUCUAAACUGAAAGAUCUACCACAAGACUAUGUCUGUACUGUUUGUAGGGAGACUGACCCAGAUGCGAUGGUAAGUUUGUUCUAACAACUGGUACAACUGAGAUUGUUGAGCCUUCUCGUCCAUGAGGGGCAUCCACCGAUCAUCGUCGGCGUCUGCGGUUCCUCCAAGGGCAUAGGCCACCUACGAGAGACCUCCAGGCAUCUCUAUCCUGGGCCAGCUUCUCCAGGAUCUUCCAUUCAUGGCCAAUUUUCUUGAUGUCUGUCUCCAAUUCUUGGCGCCAAGUGUUUCUUGGACGGCCUCUUUUCCGCUUACCCUGUGGGUUCCAUUUCAGGGCUUGCUUUGUUAUGUUAGAAGCAGGUUUUCUUAGUGUAUGACCAAUCCACCUCCACCGCUUCUGGAGAAUCUCUUCCUCAAUGGGUUUCUGUUUAGUCCGCUGCCACAGUUCCUGGUUGCUGAUUUUGUCUGGCCAGUGAAUUCUGAGAAUCCUUCUUAGACAGUUGUUGAUGAAGGACUGGAUUCUGGUCAGGUUUACGGCCGUUGUUCUCCAUGUCUCGGCUCCAUAUAGCAGCACAGGUUUUACCAUAGCGUUAAAAAUCCUUACUUUUAACUUGCUGCCUAAGUUGUUAGAGACCCAAACAUUCUUGAGUUGUUGGAAGGCUGCUCUUGCUUUUCCUAUCCUUAUUUUGACGUCCGCAUCUGUACCACCUUGUUUAUCUACCAUGCUGCCAAGGUAAACAAAGCUGUCCACCUCCUCAAGGGCUUCUCCUUCAAGCAUAAUGGGUGAUGUACUGGUGGCUUUUAUUAUUUCUCUCUCUCUUUUUAGAAAUAAUAUUUGGAAGAGAAUUAUAGUGGUUUUGUUUCUAAUCUUGGAGCUUUUAUGCGUUUUCAUAUUUGUAUUUGUUUCUGUGCAGAUGGAUACAGAUCAACAACACCCUAUACUGCACCAUGCUGCAUCAGAAGAGUCAAUGGAAAGUUAUAUGAGUAAGUCUGAAAUUUAGAUGCUUUGUGAAAGAUAUAAUUUUUUAAUUCAAAGGGGAAAAAUUAUUAUUAUUUUUUUUUUAUAUGCUGAAAGUAUUCAAUAUCGAAGGAGAUUAUUUUGUUUUUCAAGAAACUGAGAAGUCAUCCUUCACUCUCUCUAUCCAUUACAAUAUUUGCUUUUUUUCCCCUAAAAAUUAAAAAUCUUCCUUUUUCAGCUGAUGACCUGGUGUUGAAUAAUGACCCAAUGCUUACAGAUGCAGCUCUCUCAGGCCCUAGUGGAAUUACAGCCUCCAGCUCACAAGAAUCUAUUUUUACCUGUGAUGAUUCCAGUUCUAGUUUUGAUAUAGAGACACCUCCCGACAAAGUAAUUUGAAGUUUCCAUCAUUAUACUAAUAGGCCCAAUACAUAAGUUUUGUUACAAAUGAAAUGAAGAUCCGCUGAAUAAAUCAAUGUCGUUUUAUGAACAAAUUUAAGUUCAUCUCUGGCUUUGUAUUAAUUGGCAAAUACUUUUUCCAUCCCAUUUAGUGUAUCAUGUCACCUGUACCUAGACGCGACUCAUUUGACUUUACCAAAAAGAGAAGGCAAAAGGUACACAUUUACAUUAAUAAAUUAGUCUUUAUAUUUUCAAAUAUGAAAAUUUGGUAAAGGUUGAUAUUUGUCUGGGAAAGAAAUUUUAUUUUUAGCGCCUAAUUGAAUUUUAUGGAUAAAUAAGCCUUUUCAUAAAGUGGGUUAGCUCUCUGCUGUCUGACUUUUUUUUUCACUUUGUUAAAAAUCUUAAGGUAAUUUUUUUUGAAUUAAGUAUCUCACCUUUAAUAGCUCUGAUUUUAUUAGUUGCUUUUAACUUGCCCCAACUUUGAAUGAGUUCUCAAUAUUUAUUCUUUUUAUAUUUUAUUUACUUAGUUUCUUUUAAAAUACAUAAAAUAAUAUUUGAGUACUUUUCUUUCAUUAGACAUGCGAUUUUGAAAAAAAAUUCGCACAAUAUGAAGGAAAAUAAACACACUUUGUUUUAAAAGUCAGAAUUUUACAAAAAAAAUUAUUUUUCAUCUGCCACAAAUUAUUGCAAAAAUGACAAACAUUCAAUGAAAAAUAAAAAAAAAGCUUUGAUUUUUAUUUUUGAAGAUAUAAUUUUGUUAAAUUUUUCUAAAAAUGCAUCAUAAAAAUUUUAUUUUCGUACACUGUAUAUAAUUUGUAAAUAAGGGCCUUUAAAAAUAUGGAUGUGGAAGAUAAUUCUUUAAUAAUUCUUCAGUAAAAUAUAAUUGAGUGCAUUUUGAUGACAUAUUACUUCAAAACCAGAAUUAAGAUUUCAAAAAAAUUUGAACAUAAGGUAAUUCUUGAGCUGAUUAUAAAAAGUGUUGGACUGCAAUAAAGCUUUAAAAUAGAUUAAUAAGACACGAAAAAAUUGUGUCAAUAUAACAAUAUAAGGAAGCUUUAAUAAUAAUUAUACAUUAUACAUAAGUAAACGUUUCGGCACAUGCCUUCAUCAGUACAAACAAACAAAACACAAUUAAAUAAGUAUAAAUUAAAUUUACAUAAUAUAAAUAUACAUAUCCUACCUAAAACAGAAAAAUAGGAGAGGGCGCUAAAACCAGACUAAAACAAAGUAAAGAGGAGUAGAAAGGAAGUGAUUUUAACAUAAUUGUAAAAAGCAAACAGGAAAUUUAACAUAAUUGUAAAAAGCAAACAGGAAAAAGACAUGGCAGUUAGGUAAAAUUGUGGAUUUGGUUCAGUCCAUAUGGAGACAAUGUACCAAAUCUAGUUAUUAAUUUGUUCUCCAUAUUGAUUCUAUCUGUAGUGUUACUAGUAUAGAGUAUACCAGUAACUGCGAUGUCUGAGAUACCAUCAUGGUUAGGGCUAUUGAAAUGUUUGGAGACCGGACAGAGAACGUGUUUAUUUAUGUUAUAGAGGUGCUCUCUGAACCGGUCCCCAAGGCGACGACCUGUCUCUCCUAUGUAUAAUUUACCGCACUUUUUGCAAAUGAUGGUGUAAAUCACGUUGCGACUUGUGCAGGUAAAGCCAUCUUUUAUUCUGAAUACUUCCAGAGGGAAAGUGAUCUUAUCAGUUUCGAUCACAUAGGGACAUGAGUUACAAUGGCUACGGUUGCAACUCUUUGUGCCUUUAUGUGCUUUAAUAGCAGGGAGGAGGCUUCUAACUAGCACGUCCCUAAGGCUCCGGAAAGCGAAAAGAGGAGGUUUUCUGAAAAUCUCAUUUGUGACAGGGUCUGCCAUCAGAAUUGAGCGGUUUUUAAGAACCAGAGAGCUGACACUAGCUAAAAUCAAAUUGAUUCAGUAACUUUUUGCAGAAUUGGGUAAUAGUUCCGAGUACUGUGCAUUUCCCUCUAAUCUGAUCUCUCCACUCCCAAAUAUGCCUAAAAUAUGUUAUAAUCCUCAACUGACAGGCUGAUAAUGUACAAUGCUAGAAUUAUCUUUACACACCCUGAACACUUAUAUUUUUAUAAUUUAAGUGACUUUUUGAUAUAAUGAUAGAUACAACUGGUACUGCAAUUGAGUUUCCCCUUAAGGAUAGGUAGUAUGUAAUUUCAUCACAGAACAAUCACUCGAAAAAGAACCUCUGAAAUAAAAAUGUGGUUGAUUUAUAAUUAAAAUUAACUGUAUGAAAUUAACUGUACCUGCUUAUCAGCAGUUUACUCUGUUUUUUUUCUGAAUGGUAGAAAUUGUGUUUAUUAGCUGGAAUGUCCAGUUUUAAAAUCUAAGUUGGCUUAGUUGCCAUAACAUUCACGUUGAAAUUGUUGUAUACAUUAACAAAGCAGCUCCAGCCUUGUUGAUGUAACUUGAAGUUGAAAAGUGAUAAAGGUAACUGUACUCCUUGUCUUGUUUUGUACAGGUUUCAUUCAGUAGAUAGCUCAUUUCUUAUGACAGGAAUAGCAUUGCCAUAAUGAUUGGGUUGCCCAAUGUCCUAGCCACCACUCUGAUACUGUGAAAUGAUAACAGAUUAUAUGCAUUACAUAAAAGCUUAGAUCUUAUAAUUUAAAAAAAAGCUGAACUAAAUUAAAUGCAUUAUUCAAUUAAAAAUAAUAAAAAUUCAAAAUUAAAAGCGGUAUUUAAUUUAUAAAAAUCUAUAGAUUGAAAAGACAAGGCCUGUUCUUAUCGCAUCCAAUAUAUACAAAAGAAAUGUUAAACAACUAUGCCUAUGAAAAAAAUCUGAUAAUAAAAUGUACACUUGAUAAACUGGAAUAAGAAAUAAGUACGCUUAAAUACUUGAUUCAAUAUUCAUGAAGUCCACUUUUACAGGAUAUCAAUGUGAAUAUAGUUUUUUUUCCACUAAUUCCACAAAACCGAAACACAAUGCACAGGCUAACAAAUUUUAAAUUAAAAAUAUAAAUUUACGCUUAAAAUUGAUAUUUUUAACAAAUUUAUCCAUGAAAUUAUAGUUGCACAUUUAAAAAUAACUUUUUUUUUUUAAAAUGUACGAAAAAAAUCAUUUAUAAUCCACUGUUCACUCAUGGUAAAAAAUUCAAUAAAAUGUACUUUGAGAGUUAAAAAAAAUAAUUUAUCCAAACACAUAAGCCAUCGUUGUGUACUGAUGUUUCCUCUGUUGUCAGACUACAGAGUGUUAAGUUUAUUGAACAUUGAAAUAAAAAAAAAAGCUUUUGUUAUUGUUUGUCAGGUUUUGAAUUUUCAACAGACUGCAUGUCAGCUGGGUUCUAGCACCAGCAGAGUCACUAGUAUUUAUAGAUUAUUACUUCUGUAACAUUUUACAACAAAUUUGAAGUCUUCUCAUCACCACAAGUAGUUAAGUACAGUAUUUUUUGGCGUAUAACACGCACUUUUUCUCCCCGAAAAUAGGGGGGCAAAUCUUGUGUGCGUGUUAUACACCAAUAUAAUGUUUCGUUUUUUUUUCCUGAAAUUUCCUUCUUAAAUUGAGGUGUGUGUUAUACACGGGGGCAUGUUAUACGCCAAUAAAUACGGUAUAUCAAAUAUGAAAAAAAAAGUCUUUUAAUUGAUUGGAUUUUUUUUCCCUUUUAUAGAGCAAACACUCUAACUCUGAGCGACAUCAUCAUCACCACCAUCAGCAACAACUUCAACCUCCAUCACAACAGCAGCAGAGUUUAACUGAGAAACGACGGGGUCCAAAGAUAAAAGUAAAGAUUGGUGGUCAGGUUAUGGGGAUAACUUCAAUGGAAGGCAGCAGUGUAAGAGAUUGGUUUUAUGUCUUUGUUUUCCCAAGUAAAAUGUUAAAAAGUUUCACUGAAGAUUUCUUUUGAGCAUAGAUUCCACAUUGUUAUCUGUAGAGAGUGAAAACUUCACAAACUCAUGAACAAAUUUUUUAAUAAAUUAUUAUUAAAUGACUCUUAACUACAUUUAGAAACUACUGUGGCAGACACCACCACACCUUAAAUAAGGGAUGUUUAGUUUUUAAAUAAGGGAUGUCCAGUUUUUAAAUAAGGGAUGUUUAGUCUUUAAAUAAGGGAUGUUCAGUUUUUAAAUAAGGGAUGUUCAGUUUUUAAAUAGAGGAUGUUUGUUCAGUUUUCAAAGAAGGGAUGUUUGUCCAGUUUUUAAAUAUGGGAUGUUUAGUAUUUAAAUUAGGGAUGUUCAGUAUUUAAAUAUGUGAUGUUCAGUUUUUAAAUAUGAGAUGUUCAGUAUUUAAAUAAGGGAUGUUCAGUUUUUAAAUAUGGGAUGUUCAGUAUUUAAAUAGGAGAUGUACAGUGUUUCUGCCACUUCCAACCAUUUAAUAUUCUUAGCACUUGGACUUUUAAAUUUUAUUGACAUAUUUAAAAAGUUACAUCUAUAACAAUCACUGCCUAGGCAUAUACGUUAAUUUUUUAAUUUAAACAAACACUGCCUAGGCAUAUACGUUAAUUUUUAAUUUAAACAAACUUUGAUCUUCUCUUCCAGCCAAUCUCACAUCAUUCCAUGUCCCAGACAUUCUCUCUCAGUUCUCCUGCCUACUCUGCUCAGUCUGCGGAUGGACAGAGUGAAGAAAAGGAGAAGGAAAAGGAAAAAGACAAAGAUGACGAUGACGACGAAGGGGACGAUCAUCCGUCUACUUUGAUUUUAGCAGAUGCAUCUGACAUGUUUGUUAUGGACCAGGUGAGAGUUUCAGUAGGGAGAGUGUUAGGUAUUUAGUUCACUUUGGCUGAAUUACCAGAACUAGUACAUUUAGUCAUCUAGGGUAUUAUAGCAUCCUUUGUUUUGAGUAUUUUUUUCCAUUUUGGAGCAUUACAUUCAUCUUUAUUUCCUGCUGACAACUAUGUAUGUGCCAGGAUAGCAAAAAAAAAGGUAGAUUUUGAAUUGCAUGCUAAGCUGAUGUAUUAGGGUUUAACUCUUCCCCAAAAGCUUUUUUAUUUUUACUGGGCUGAGUUCUUUCCAGUCGACAUUUUGUGCAUGUAUUAAGGUGCUAAGUCAUUUUAUUCAAAUACUUUUUACUGAUACUCUCACAGACCUGUUUACUCUUACGAUUUUGGCAUACAAUGUACGAUUGUGAGGUGUAAACAUAUAUAUUUUUUUGAAUAUUUUUUACUCUAAAUAUAAGGCAUUGAACGAUUUUGUGAUGAUAUUGUACGAUUUUAAGAGUUUGAGGGUAAACAGGUCUGCUCUCAAUAUCAUAUAUAAAACCUAACCUCCUCUAGCAAGCCUUACACCCUGUGAGAUUACACUAUUUCUGUGACUUUCAAAAAGCCCAAAGUAGCUCUCAUAAUUACUGUGUCUAAGACUAAGACAAAGCCUUGGGCACACUCCUCUCAGAUUGAAUAUAUUCUUACUCAAACAAACACAGCUUGCUCUCAAUUAUUAGAUACUGUCUAAGUUGUGGAAACAAUCCUCUAACACUAAAGAUGCAUGAUAUUUCAUGUAUAAAAUCUUGAUUUUCUUCUAUCAACAAAGGACAUGUGUAAAGCUUGUGGAUCAUUUGGAAAAGAUGAAGAGUCCAAGAUGAUUGUCUGCACCCAAUGUGGCCAGUGCUAUCAUCCUUAUUGUGUUUCUGUGACAGUGAGUACACAGCUCAUUUACUUCCUGCCAUAACUAAUAUUUAUCUUAGCUACUUUUCAUUUUGCAUUUGUCUUUGGUAAAAAAUAUCUUUUGUUGAGGAUAAUUAUGAAAAUUAAAUUGUUACUUAUGCAUAUUUUCAAAAUUUAAAAGAAAUUUAGAUAAAUUAAUCUGAUUUUGUAAUAUUCUGUUCAAUAAAAAGUUUUAUUCUUUUAAAAUUAUACAUAUUUACCAAUUUUUUAAAUUUUUUUUUUUGCCUUAGGUUACUAAAGUGAUGCUUCAAAAGGGUUGGCGUUGCUUAGACUGCACUGUAUGCGAGGGUUGUGGUGGACCUGAUGAUGAGGGUCGGCUACUUCUGUGUGAUGACUGUGAUAUCAGCUACCAUACUUACUGUCUUGACCCACCUCUUGAAACAGUGCCUAAGGGCAACUGGAAAUGUAAAUGGUAUGAACUAUUUUUUUGUUGGAAUUUCAUCAAGGAGAAACUAUCAACUUUUAAAAUAUUUUCUCUGGUAACGGCUGCAUGUUAAACAAUGUUAAGUUUGUUUUAUUUUGGUUAAAAGUUGUAAUUAUUACAAAUCUUUAAAACACAUUUUUUUUGCUGCUGUCUUGAAAAGACUUCACAUAAAACAGCCUAAUUGUGAUGUUUACUUGCAUAAACUGUGUCUUUAAUCUAGUUUUAAGCUUUAUUACAGUCUAAUUCUAUUAUAAUUAUUCAGUUUAGCAUGUCUCAAACAAUGAAACUCUGUUAUUUAUUUUAUAAUAAAGUAAUAGAUAUAUUUAACUGAUAUUGUUUUGAUCAGUUAUGCUCAACCUAUUUUUAAGGGCAAUUUUCCAAAAUUUUGUCAAAUUAAAAUAUGUGCCUUUUUAAGUUGAAUAAUUUGUGUCUUUUUAUUGAGUCCUAAUGAUCACACAUUACAUAAUGUUACUUCUUCCAUUUUUGAGUAUUUGACAUUGUUAGUGCCUAUUAAAGCUUUGUUGGCGGUAACAGCAAAUGGCCUGUAACAUCACUUUAAUUUUCUCCUCAAGGUGUGUUCAGUGCGUUAAUUGUGGUACGACGUCUCCCGGCUUUGCCUGUCAAUGGAUGAACAACUACACACAGUGCGGGCCAUGUCACAGCAAGAUGUACUGCCCUGUGUGUUUAGAUAGCUACCUCAUCGAUCAGCUGAUUAUACAAUGUAUGCAGUGUGAUAGGUAAGUUUCCAUCCAUCCCUGUGGUGUUACAGCCCAUUUAGGGCUUUGGUCUGCCUCACUACUUCCUUCCACUCAGACCUAACUAAUGCUUUUCUUUUCCAUGCUUGGAUUCCCAGUUAUUGUAUAUCUUUUUCCACAUCAUCCAUCCAUCAAAGCCUAGGUCUGCCUUUGAGUCGUUUUCCUCUGGGGUUUUGGUGAUGCACCCUCUCCAAGUCACAAUCCAAAAAUCAUGUCCAUAUCCAGGCAUAGGUCCAUUUCCAUUGGUAUCAAUCCGGGUUUUAUUCUAUUGAUUGGCUUUCGUAACGUUAAUUUUUAUAUGGCAGUGUUGUUAGCCCUGCGCACAACUGUCUGGUGGGGCUGCCCCUUACAGCUCUCUGGAUAGCUGCCUUGGUUUUUUGGGUAAGGAUCCCUAGCCUUUGUGGAUCCCUCCACUUCCUACAAUGCAGUAGGUUCUGAUUUUGGUCCGCCCCUGGUAUUUUAUUUCCCCGGUACCCUCCAUAUCUGGUGGGCUUUCUCCUAUCCGCCACCUGGGGAGGCGCUUGAUGGGAGAUCAGUAUCUCCGCACGAGUAUAGGUAAGUUUAAUUCAAAUCUAUUUUUCAACCAUAAACACAUCUUGUUUUUUUAUUUAUUUUCUGUUGUGCAGAUCUGCUUAGCUAUUUUUGUACUUUUAUUUGAACAGUUAAAAAAAAUAUUUUUUUUUAACUGUAAGAUUUUAAGGAUUUAGGAUAAUUUGAAUGUAAAAUAUAAAUCUAGGGAUUUCAUAGAUAUAGCAAGAAAUAUUCUUAUUGACUUCAUUCUCUAAUGAGUGUUAUGAUACAUUAUUAUUUUAACCUGGUUUAUUGGGACGAAUCGUAAAUAAUUUCAACAAUUGAGAUAAUUCGACAGAAUAACAGUAGUUGUAUUCCUCAAAUAACUUUAUUUAAAAUGCCAUUCAAAAUAAACUAUAAAUUCGUUCAUUAUUUUUCUAUUUAUACCAUCACUGAUUUGUUUACAUUAUUGAAUUAAUGUUAGUGUUGUAACUUAACAAAAUCUACAUCUUUGCUGUUUAUGUGCAGAUGGCUGCACUGUGAAUGUGAUGGCUUGCACUGUGAGGAGGAAGCUGAGCUGGCUGCAGAUUAUGGUUAUCACUGUACAUUCUGUCGGCCUAAGACUGGCAAGGAAGGUCCUCGUAAGUGAAUUUUUAAAGUUAGUUAUUAAAAAUUGGUUGACUUGUUUAUUUGAUAUUUAUUGAUUCUAAUUUUUAUUAGGUUUUUGCUUUUAUAAAUAUUUAACAUACUGGUAGCAACAAAAAAAACUUGUAAAAAUUUUGUAAGCUGAAAUAUUACUUUGUUAAAAAUAUAAUCCUUUUUUUCCAUCAGUGCCCCCACCUCCACCACCACCUCCAUCUCCACCUAAAGAAGAGCGGGCUCCAACACCUCCGCCUCUGCCAUACAUACAACCGGUUCCAGAACCCCCGAGACAGUUUUUUGUGGACGGUGUGUAUCUGUUUGCAAGUGGUCUCAAUCAGAUAAAGCAAAGGCAAC